AUGCAGCAGAAGCGCGGGCUCCCUGCGCCAACGACCGCCUUUUGCGACAAAAAGGCCGGCAUCCUGCACCAGCUCGCCCUGCCAGACGCCGAGUACUCGGACGCCUCGCCCAAGGGCUCCGUCGACGCGGGCAUCCGCCAUCUCAUCGACGAGGUCAACUGCGCAGAGGGCUUCGUCACCACCAGCAGUUGCGCGGGGCGCGUGAGCGUCUUUCUCGAGGGGAGGAGGACCAAGAAGACGACGCCGGACGACGAUGAGCGGCAGCGGGAGCAGAGAGCUGGGGUUGGCGGCAAGGGCGCCGGAGGGACGUGGCUGUAUGUGUCGCAUGAGCCUGUUCCUCGUGGCGGCCAGGACGGACGCGCGUGCUGGCUCGACGUGCUGGGAUUCAGCGAGUCUGCCGUAGGACAGGGUGGUUCCCACGUGGGCGCGGAACGGAGAUUGAUACACUUUAAAUUCGAACCCAUGAUCCUUCACGUGCUCGCCGCCUCGACGGCCCACGCCCAAGCCCUCCUCCGCGCCGGCCUCCAAGCCGGCUUCCGCGAGUCUGGAGCCGUCAGCCUGACGCCGCCCAACGACACGCAGCCCGCCACGCCCAUGGUCGCCAUCCGCUCCCUCGGGCUGGGCUUCGAGUCGCUCAUCGGCUACGAGACGCCCGGCGGGCAACGCUGCUGGCUCGUCUCCGCCGACCUCCUCGAGACGCUGCGCGCCGUCGCCGACGAGCGCUUUUCCGAGAACACCAGGCGCAUCGAGAGGUUCCGCGCCGCCUUCCUCGACGCCGUCAGGGCGCCGGAGUCGAUGGCGGGCCGCGAGUGGGAGGACGCCGCGACGAGGAGGGAGCGGAAGCGUGCUGAGGGCUUGAGGAGAAAGGCGGCCUUGGCGGCUGAGAAGACAGGCGAAUGUGCACCAAGUGAUGGGCCGGCGGUAGAGUCUGUAACGAUGCCAGAUCCGACAUGA